AUGUCCGUCUCUACCAUUCUCCAAGCAAACCAAAAUUUACUUAGUGCUCCUUCCAACCUUAGUCAAACCAACAGGAAUUGGCACUCAGCUUUUGCCAAAAUUUACUGUUCCACAGCUUUUCUCUCUCUUUCCAAAACAAAAUAUACCAGUAAUAAAGUUUCCCGCUCCCCGUCUUUUACUGUUGUCAAUGUUCCACUUGAUAGUAAUGAUCAAUACUUCAAGAUUGAUCCCAAAAGCCUUACAGAGCUUGUGAAGAAGAAAAAUCUAGACAAACUUUACGAGUUUGAUGGGAUUUCCGGCAUAGCUUCUGCUCUUAAAACAGAUAUUGAAGGAGGAAUAUGUAGCACCGAAAAAGAUAUUGUUCGCCGACAUGAGGCAUUUGGUUCAAACACCUAUAAGAAACCGCCAUCAAAAAGCUUCUUUCAAUUUGUGGUGGAAGCAUUCAAAGAUCUUACAAUAUUGAUUCUUUUAGGCUGUGCAGUCCUUUCACUUGCCUUUGGCAUAAAAGAGCAUGGUCCGAAAGAAGGUUGGUAUGACGGUGGAAGCAUUUUUGUGGCUGUCUUUCUUGUCAUCGCUGUUUCAGCUGUAAGUAAUUACAGACAAAACCGACAAUUCGACAAGCUAUCAAAAGUGAGCAACAAUAUCCAAAUUGAAGUCGCUAGAAACGGUCGACGCCAACAAAUCUCAAUACUUGAUAUUGUUGUUGGAGACAUUGUAUGCUUAAAAAUUGGAGACCAAGUUCCUGCUGAUGGAUUGUUCUUGGAUGGGCAUUCCUUACUAUUAGACGAAUCAAGCAUGACAGGGGAGAGUGAUCAUGUUGAGGUAAACAGCAGCCAUAAUCCAUUCUUGUUUUCCGGCACAAAAGUAGCUGACGGGUAUGCUCGUAUGUUAGCCACAUCAGUUGGUAUGAACACACUAUGGGGCCAAAUGAUGAGUAAAAUGAGUCGGGAGAGCGGUGAACAGACACCUUUGCAAGCAAGGCUCAACAAGUUAACUUCCGCAAUAGGCAGAGUUGGAUUGAUAGUUGCUUUCUUGGUUCUUUUAGUCUUGAUGUUUCGCUACUUCACAGGAAACACAACAGACGAGAAUGGAAACCAAGAAUUUAUUGGAAGCAAAACAAAGGUUGACAACAUUGUGAAUGCUGUUGUGGGGAUUGUAGCUGCUGCAGUUACAAUCGUCGUAGUUGCAAUUCCAGAAGGUCUUCCAUUAGCUGUUACACUUACUCUUGCGUAUUCGAUGAAGAGAAUGAUGGCUGAUCAAGCUAUGGUGAGAAAGCUCUCUGCCUGUGAAACAAUGGGCUCUGCAAACGUCAUUUGUACUGAUAAAACAGGGACUCUCACUCUCAACCAGAUGAAGGUGACAAAGUUUUGGCUUGGCCAGGAACUAAUCAAAGAGGGUUCUGCCUCUCCAAUUUCUCCCUGGGUUGUUGAAUUGAUUCAACAAGGAGUUGCUCUGAAUACAACUGGUACUGUCUACAAGGCUACUUCAGGAUCCGAUAUUGAAAUCUCAGGUAGUCCCACUGAAAAAGCAAUUCUUUCUUGGGCUACCCAAGAUCUCAACAUGGAGAUGGAGAAAAUCAAACAGAGCUGUACUAUUCUCCAAGUUGAGGCCUUCAAUUCAAAAAAGAAAAGGAGUGGCGUUAUGAUGAGGAAGAAGAUAGACAACACAAUCAACGUGCAUUGGAAAGGAGCAGCUGAGAUGAUUCUAGCCAAGUGUUCGAGUUACUAUGAUGCCUCUGGAAACCUGAAAAAUCUGGAUAAUGGUGCAAAGGAAAUAUUUGAGCACAUUAUUGAAGGUAUGGCAGCCAGCAGCCUUCGAUGCAUUGCUUUUGCGCAUAAACACGUUUCCGAAGAAGAGCAAGAAGAUGCAAAUGAUGCGAAAAAGUUAAAUGAAGACAGCUUGAGCCUAAUAGGACUGGUGGGUAUUAAGGACCCAUGUCGUCCAGGGGUAAAGAAAGCUGUGGAAGCCUGCCAACAUGCUGGUGUCAACAUCAAGAUGAUCACUGGUGACAAUGUUUUCACUGCAAAAGCCAUAGCCACUGAAUGUGGAAUACUUACGCAAAAUGGAUUGGUUGUGGAAGGAGAAGAGUUCAGAAACUACACACAGGAGCAGAGAUUGGAGAAAGUUGACAAAAUAUGUGUGAUGGCAAGAUCCUCUCCUUUUGAUAAACUGCUCAUGGUGCAGUGCUUGAAACAGAAAGGUCACGUGGUUGCAGUCACUGGGGAUGGCACAAAUGAUGCACCAGCUCUGAAGGAAGCAGAUAUAGGACUAUCUAUGGGAAUUCAAGGGACUGAAGUAGCCAAGGAGAGUUCAGAUAUUGUCAUCAUGGAUGAUAAUUUUGGUUCAGUAGCCACAGUUCUGAAAUGGGGAAGAUGUGUCUACACCAAUAUCCAAAAAUUCAUUCAGUUCCAGCUUACGGUAAAUGUUGCUGCUCUUGUGAUAAACUUUGUAGCAGCGGUUUCUUCAGGUGAAGUACCUCUAACAGCAGUCCAAUUAUUGUGGGUGAAUUUGAUUAUGGACACAUUAGGCGCCCUGGCUCUGGCUACAGAGCGGCCAACGAGCGAGCUCAUGAACAAACCACCUGUGGGUCGUACCAAGCCGCUUAUCACCAAUGUUAUGUGGAGAAAUCUUCUAGCUCAAGCUUUAUAUCAGAUAGCCAUUCUCUUGACCUUACAGUUCAGAGGUCAAUCAAUCUUUGGUGUUAAUGAGAAGGUAAAGGACACCUUGAUCUUCAACAUAUUUGUCCUUUGCCAAGUCUUCAAUGAGUUCAACGCAAGGAAGCUUGAAAAGAAGAAUGUCUUUAAAGGGAUACACAAGAACAAGUUGUUUUUGGGAAUUAUCGCAAUAACCAUCAUUCUCCAAGUAUUGAUGGUGGAAUUUCUGAAGAAGUUUGCAGAUACAGAGAGACUGAAUUGGAGCCAAUGGGGUGCAUGUAUUAGUAUCGCAGCUGCAUCUUGGCCGAUUGGCUGGCUUGUCAAGUGCAUACCUGUUCCAGAGAAACCAUUUUUAAGCUAUCUCAAGUGGCGAAGUAGAUAUUGAAAAUCCAGACAUAACAAUUAUUUAAUUUGUAAAAAGAACCCACAUUCAUUGGAUUCUUUAAGUUCAAUCACUUUGUAGUUCAAUAAUUAACAGAUACGUUUAGAAU